GCCAUGUUGACAGCGUGUUUGAAGCUGCUGUUGUUCCUCCCCUUGGUUUGCUGUGUCCCCUCCUCCUCCUCCUUCAGACCUUCAUCCAGAAAUUGCAAACGAUGCUGCGACCAACUCGAUCCUCCAGCAGCCUCAGCUCAUUAUCAAAUGCCUGAAGUCAGAACUGUUAUCAACAUGACCAUCCUGAAAGGAGAUAAAGGGGACAAAGGAGACAAAGGAACACCUGGCAAACCAGGAUUGGAGGGCCCUCACGGCUUCCGAGGACCCAUAGGAACUAAAGGCAGCAAAGGCCAGGCAGGUGCACCUGGAGAUCCCUGCAAGAUCCCUCAAUCUUCCUUCUCUGUAGGGCGUCGCAAGGCCCUGCACAGCGUGGACUACUACCAGGCACUGGUUUUUGACACGGUUUUCGUCAACCUACUUGAGCACUUUAACAUGUUCAAAGGCAAGUUCUACUGCUAUGUACCUGGGAUUUACUUCUUCAACGUCAACAUCCACACCUGGAACUUCAAGGAGACCUACCUCCACCUGAUGCACAACGACAAGGAGCAGGUGAUCCUUUACGCACAGCCUAGUGAGAGGUCCAUCAUGCAGAGCCAGAGCGUCAUGCUGAAUCUAGCUCUGAAUGACGAAGUCUGGGUCCGUCUGUACAAAAGGGAGCGUGAGAACGCCAUUUACAGUGACGAUGUGGACGUAUACAUCACCUUCAACGGAUACCUGGUGGCACCGAGCAGCCAGUGAAAAUGUGACUGUGGGAAUUAACUAAAAUCACUUAAAAUAAAAAU